AGCAGGACUCAUACACAUCCUGGUUGUGUGCUAGCUUCUCCGUUGUUCUCUUCUGACAUAUUUUAGUCGCUUCGUUCAUUGCUGGAAAGUUUAAAAACGCAUUUCAAACGUGUCAGUUUAUAAUUGUUGUCAGAAAAGCUGAUGAUAUGAAUUAACCAUCCGAAGUUAGGUUCUACAGUGGUCGGGCGUCUAUGAAGUGGUUGAGCCGGGUUGUCGGGCUCAGUAUGUGUGCGUCAGCUAAAUACAGUUCGCGGGGCCCGGCUCUGAUCCCUCGGAUGAAGACCAAGCACCGCAUCUACUACAUCGCUCUCUUCUCUGUUGUGCUGCUGGGCCUCAUUGCCACCGGCAUGUUCCAAUUCUGGCCCCAUUCCAUCGAGUCCACGGCGGAGUGGAGCGUGGACAGGCGCAGCGUGCACGACGCACCCCUGGUCCGUCUGCCCGUCUCCAGUCCCAUCCCGGAGAGAGGGGACCUUAGCUGCCGCAUGCACACGUGUUUUGACGUGUACCGAUGCGGUUACAACCCUAAGAACCGUAUUAAGGUCUACAUCUACCCGCUGCAGCGCUACGUGGAUGAGGUCGGCGUACCCAUCAGCAGCACGGGCCUGUCACGCGAGUACAAUGACCUGCUGAGUGCCAUCUCUGACAGUGACUUCUACACUGACGAUGUCACCCGCGCCUGCCUCUUUGUCCCCUCCAUCGAUGUGCUCAACCAGAACUCACUGAGGGUCCGUGAGACUGCCCAGGCACUGGCCAUGCUGCCCAGAUGGGACAGGGGAAUGAACCACCUGCUGUUUAACAUGUUGCCCGGUGGACCUCCUGACUACAACACUGCCCUAGAUGUGCCCAGAGACAGGGCUCUGCUUGCUGGUGGAGGCUUCUCCACGUGGACUUACCGGCAGGGCUAUGACGUCAGCAUCCCUGUCUACAGCCCCCUCUCAGCUGAGGUGGACCUGCCUGAGAGACAGCCAGGGCCGCGGCACUACUUUAUCCUGUCCUCCCAGACGGCAAUCCAUCGGGAGUACCGGGCAGAGCUGGAGCAGCUGAAGGCGGAGAAUGGGGAGGCAGUGCUCCUGCUGGACAAGUGCAGCAACCUGUCGCAGGGCAUGGCCUCUGCCAGGAAGCGCUGCCACAAGGGUCAGGUGUUUGACUACCCGCAGAUCCUGCAGGAGUCCUCAUUCUGCGUGGUGCUACGGGGGGCACGCCUCGGACAGGCUGCCCUCAGUGAUGCAUUGCAGGCUGGCUGCGUCCCCGUCAUCGUGGCCGACUCCUAUAUCUUGCCCUUCUCUGAGGUCCUGGACUGGAAGAGAGCAUCGGUGGUCAUCCCAGAGGACAAACUGCCAGAGAUGUACACCAUCCUCAAGAGUAUCCCACACAGACAGGUGGAGGAGAUGCAGAGACAGGCCCGCUGGUUCUGGGAGGCCUAUUUCCGCUCCAUGAAGGCCAUCGGCUUGACCACGCUGCAGAUCAUCAAUGACCGCAUCUACCCCUAUGCUGCCCGCACGUACGAGCAGUGGAACAACCCACCUGUGGUGAAGUGGUCGAGUGUGAACAGCCCCCUCUUCCUGCCGCUAAUACCCCCACGCUCCCCAGGCUUCACGGCUGUGGUCCUGACCUAUGACCGCGUUGAGAGCCUCUUCCGUGUCAUCACUGAGAUCUCCAAAGUGCCCAGCUUGGCCAAGCUGCUGGUGGUGUGGAACAACCAGAACAAGAGCCCGCCAGAAGAGUCACUGUGGCCCAAGAUUGCUGUACCACUCAAGGUCGUGCGGACCAAGGAGAACAAGCUGAGCAACCGCUUCUUCCCCUACGAUGAGAUCGAGACAGAGGCUGUGCUGGCCAUCGAUGACGACAUCAUCAUGCUGACCUCUGACGAGCUUCAGUUUGGAUAUGAGGUGUGGCGGGAGUUUCCAGACAGGCUGGUGGGAUACCCGGGCCGGCUGCACCUGUGGGACCAUGAGAUGGGCAAGUGGAAGUAUGAGUCAGAGUGGACCAACGAGGUGUCCAUGGUGCUGACUGGGGCAGCCUUCUAUCACAAGUACUUCAACUACCUGUACACGUAUAAGAUGCCAGGAGACAUCAAGAAUUGGGUGGAUGCCCACAUGAACUGCGAGGACAUCGCCAUGAACUUCCUGGUGGCCAACAUCACUGGCAAGGCUCCCAUAAAGGUGACCCCCCGGAAGAAGUUCAAGUGCCCAGAGUGCACAGCUAUCGAUGGGUUGUCCCUGGAUCAGACACACAUGGUGGAGAGGUCGGAGUGUAUUAACAAGUUUGCCUCUGUGUUCGGAACCAUGCCCCUGAAGGUGGUAGAGCAUCGGGCUGACCCUGUCCUGUACAAGGACGACUUCCCUGAAAAGCUCAAAAGCUUCCCCAACAUUGGGAGCCUCUGAGCAGAGCGGGGAGGUGGGGCAUACCACCCCAACCCCUCAUAGACCCUCACACUUUUCCAGACUUUUGUUUAAGAUGUGAAGAACCCUGCCAUUCCAGAAGCUUUCUCUUUCAUUUUCCAUUUCCUUUAGUCCCUCGCUCUCAAAGGGGCCCUGGGCUGACAGACCCA